GCCCCCACCACCCUCUGCCCGCUACCGCCGCCCGCUCGGCGCUCAGUCUGGCGUCAUUCGUCGAGUCGGUCACAGAGUUCAAGAAGCCAGUGUAUUGUUGUAUCGGACACAGUACUGGGCGCUUGUUUCUUUUCAUAGAUUGCGAGUUACGCACGUAUUAAUAAUGGCUGGAGUGUCAUCAAAAAGUGCUUCCAAAAGGAAAAUAGCUGAUGAAAAUAGGAGUUUUCAAGAAAAAUGGGAGGAUGAAUUUUGUUUCAUCAGUGGACACAAGGAAGGUACUGCUAUUUGCUUAAUAUGCCGCGAAACUGUUGUCGGGAUUAAGCGGUACAAUUUAUUUCGUCAUUACACAAGUAAACAUAGCUCGUUUACAGAGGCUUUUCCUUUGGAAUCUAAUGAAAGGAAGAAUAAAGUAGCUCAUUUGAAGCUGUCAAUUCGUCGUCAACAGAAUAUUAUGACCACAGCGGUUGGACAAAAUGAUGCUGUUACAAAAGCUUCGUACCAUGUUUGUAACAUUCUUGCAAAAAGGAUGAAACCCUUCACUGAUGCUGAAUUAAUAAAGGAAUGUAUGCUAACUAUUUCUCAGACUUUGUUCCAAAAUUUCUCAAAUGGUAAACAAAUAAUGGCAGAAGUAAAAAAACUUACGCUUUCUGAAUCAACCUGUCGCCGCCGCGUUGAAGAUAUUUCAAAAACAAUGUUUGAUGCAAUAAUUCAAAAACUGAAAGAUUGCAGAUACUUCAGUCUUGCGUGUGAUUCCAGCACAGAUAUAACGUCGAUGGCUCAAUGCUCAUUAUUUGUGCGUUACUGCACAAUGGACGGGAUCAUAGAAGAAGAUUUCUUGGCUCUCAUAACCAUGAAAGGUCAGACAAGAGGUAGUGAUUAUAUGGACGUAAUAAAAGACUUUGUGGAAAAAUACGAUAUACCUGUAAGUAAAUUGAUAUCAGUAUGCACUGAUGGUUGUCCGUCCAUGGUGGGUGCAAAUAAUGGUUUGAUUGCAUUAAUGAAGAGAGAAUGGAAUUUGCCUAAUUUGCUGCCCAUUCACUGCUUACUGCAUCAAGAAACUUUGGCAUGUCAAAUCUCAAAUAACAAAUUGAAGGAUGUGAUGAAAACGGUCAUAAAUAUUAUAAAUUUCAUUCGUGCACGUGAACUUAACCAUCGAAAAUUUAAAGAACUUCUUGGAGAAUUACAAGCUAAUUAUGGCGACGUUCUCCUGCAUACUGCCGUCAGAUGGUUAAGCAAAGGAAAAGUGCUAGAACGAUUUUUUAAUUUGAAAUUUGAAAUAAUUCUAUUUUUACAACAAAGUGGUAAAGAAUAUCCCCAGCUUCAAAAUGAUGAAUGGUGGGUACUUAUGGCUUUUUUGACCGAUAUUACACUGAAGUUUAACAAUCUUAAUUUAGAAUUGCAGGGACCUAACAAGAUAAUCGGACAAAUGACGAAUAAAUUUUUUGCAUUUGAAGCUAAACUGCAAUUAUACAUAAGUGAGCUUGAAGCUAGAGACUUUUCUAAUUUUCCUAGUGUUGCUACUCUGCGAUCCGAUGUAUCUAUUGGUGAUAGUGUCUAUCAAGAUAUGGUCUCCUUUUUAAAGGAAUAUUUGGCAGAAAUCCAAAAAAGAUUUAAUGACGUGAGAAAUAUUAGGAACUGUUUUAUUCUUGUAGAAAACCCUUGGCAUUUUGAAAAUGGUGACAUUAAAUUAUUCAGCCAGUUAGGAUUUCCGAAACCACAACUGUUGAACGAAAUUAUAGAACUUAAAUUCGACACACAACUUAAAGCCCACUUCAUCGAACAUCGCGAAAAGCAGGAGUACGUUGAAUUUUGGAGAAAUGUGCCUAACAACUAUAAAUGUUUACGAGACUGCGCACAAUUUAUUCUAACUAUAUUCCCUUCGACAUACCUUUGUGAGGCUUCAUUUUCGAAAAUGACAUUUUUAAAAAAUAAAUAUCGCAAUCGCCUUUCCAGUCAUUUAGAAGACACCAUGAGGAUUUCAUGUAGUCCCAAAGACGCGAACAUAGAAGAAAUUGUAAAAAAAAUGCAACAUCACAAUUCGUGAAGUGUUAACUUUUUUUUUUUUUUACUUAAGUAGGUACCUGUUUUUCUUUGUAAUAAAAAUCAUGAAUAAACAUUUUUGUUUUUAUUUAGUUACAUUCACUUGCACCCGCGUCACUAGUUUCACAUACAAUUCACAAGUGUGCGGCCCCCAGUACUAUCUCACAUUGUCCUAUGUGGCCCUUGACCAAAAAAGUGUGACGACCACUGGU